AUGUUUGUGUUUGUUUCUUCCUUCCGUUCUCCCCUCCGUGUUUAUUGGAGUAGAGUUGAUUUACAGUAUUGUCUCAGUGUUGGCUGUGCAGCGAAGUGAAUCAGUUAUGUGUCUAUAUGUGUAUCAGCUCUCUUUAGAAACGCUUUUUCCAUACGGGCUGUCACAGAAUGUGGCGUCCCCUGUGCGGUACAGUUGGCCCCCGUUAGUUAUGUUUCAUUCACAAUAGUGUGUCAGUCCCAGCCUGCCAGCCACAUGUGUGUUUCUUUGGUGCAUGUGUGUGUGUAAAACUGCUAGAGAGGGUCAGAAACAGGCUGAAUUGUGGGGUUUUGUUUGUUUGUUUGUUUGUUUGUUUUACCUCUUCGGCCUUGAAAAGAUAGUUCUUGAAACUUGAAAGUAUUACUGCUUUGGAUUGUCUAGUUGAUCUGCAAGGAACAUUUCAAGAGACACAAAAGCAUGGGGGGUAGUGAUAAAUAUGUGGGCUUAUGACAACAGCAGUUUGCUUUAGUGAUGUUUUAGCAAGGGCUUCCCUGGUGGCUCAGUUGGUAAAGAAUCCGCCUGCAAUGCAGGAGAUCCUGGUUUGAUUCCUGGGAUGGGAAGAUCCCCUGGGAGAAGGGAAAGGCUACCCACUCCAGUAUUCUGGCCUGGAGAGUUCCAUUGACUAUAUAGUGCAGGUGGCCGCAAAGAGUCAGACUCAACUGAGCGACUUUCACUUCUAUGCUAAUAAUACAAAGCGUUUUGGAUGUGCAGAGUACCUUUAUGGCAGUCGUACUUGAAGAAACAGAAAGUAAGGCUGCCCUGUUUGAAGGUGGCACCAAUGGAAGGAGAUAGGAAGGGCCUGCUCUCUUCGUUGCAGGUGGCUGCUGCCUGGUGAUCCAGCACUGUGCCUGAAGUCAACAUCCUGGUUCUGACACUUACCAGCUGUGGGAUCUUGGCAAAACCUGUCUUACCGGGUUAAACGUGGGCAGUUUUUAAAAGUAGGGUAUUUUCUUAGAAAGGGUUUAGGAAAUCUUCAAGCACCUGAGUAUUAAUUUUAACAGAGUAUCUUUGGGAGCCUUCCACAGAAGUAUGUGGAUCCUUUACCUGGAGCUGCUGGGCAAAGAGGAAAAAAGACAUUAAAUGGACAAGUAGAAGGUAAUUUUAACAAAACGUACAGAUUUGUCAGCAGAACUAGACUUAGAAAUGACAUGAGAGGAAGAACAAGAAAAAUCUGAUGGAGAUGAAAAUAACCAUUCACAGCAUGCUUUGGAGCCGCAGUGUUGAGGCCAGACUUCCUGGGUUUGAAUUCUGAGUCUGUUGGUGACCUGCUGUGGGCUUGGCCACGGUCCUCAGCCUCUCUGUGCCCCAUCUUUCCCCGUGUAGAGGACCUCAUGCAUUACCUGUCUUCGAGAAUAACUGUGAGGAUCAAAAGUGCCUUCAGAUAUGGUCAAAGCACAGAUUAAUGACCUGAGCUACCUGAAUGACUGAAUUUAGUCAUCUGAAAGUGCUUCCCAGGAUGGUGAUGUCUUUACUCUAAGAUUUCCACAUUGCAAGUAGAACCGCCUGGCUUGAGGUAUAAAGGGAAGAACACGUCGUUAGUAUUGUGGAGUGUGAAAUUCAUGGAAAUAAUAUUGACCGUAAAGCAAGAGGAAGAGAAUAGAAGAAAUGCUGACAUGUUAUAAGAAAAAAUUAGGGAGCAGUUAAGAAGAAAGGAAGACCAAUAUAGUAAAGAAGCUGAAAUGAAACAGCAACUUGAACUCACUCUCAGAGCACUAGAUGGAACUGAAGACUGAGAAAUGAUCUGAAUCAGGUUAUGGAAGAGUGACAUGACGCUCAGAACCAGCUUUCUGGAGAACGGAAUGCCAGAAUCUUACAGGAGGGAAUCCUGGCCAAUCACCUUGCCAAACAAAAGCAGAAAGAAAUGGCUGAUAAGGAAAUGAGCUCUUAGCCUAUCUUACUAUUUGAGACAUUACAAAAAGGUAUUGAAAGUUAUGGAAGCAGCAAAUAAUAUCAUGGUUGUCUAAGAAGAGCUCUCCAAGUUUUACCUAUCACCAUCUGUGUAUGCACCGUGAGUGAACAUCGAAAGGAACAAAGGGGAAGAAGCAGGAGCAGCAAGAGAAAUGGCGCUUUGAAAGCGUGCAGAGAUUGCCUGGAAGAACUGGAAGAGGUCUGGGACCUGACUUCACUUCUGCAAAGACACCUGGGGAGGUUCCCUGACAAGGACAGCUUUCAUCAGAUCUCAUGGCAAGAUUCACCUGGUGAGGUUUGCAAAGCAGUGCCUGCUGGAGCCCAACCACCAUGCAGGGAAGAGGCGGCUCCCACCAUUUCCCCAGCUCCUCUGACCAAGCAGCCUCUACCCUGCACUUCUGCCAUUUCUCCAGUUCAGUUUCUACUUACUCAGAGUCAUACCUGAGUGCCUCUCCAACACCAGAGCCUUUCUUUCCCCUGGACAGCCUUUCCCCCUGGCCACUGGCUGUUUCCCCUUCCCCACCAAGCCCGCCUCAUGGGAGAGCCUGCCCUCCACCUCCAGCACCCUGCUCUGCCCCAACACCAUCAGGCUCCAUGCUGAGUCUCACUCAGGGUGACUCCACGACACGCACACUGGGUACCAUCCCACACAGGUCAUCUCCACACUCCCCCUGGAGACCAGCCAUCCCAGGGCUUGUCCAUUCAAGCAGCCCUGGAUCGGCCCUGGCCUGGUGGCAGGAAGCAGCCACAGCCUGGAGCUUCUCCACCUCAACACACUUAGAGUCCCAGAAAGAAAGCCUUCCCCUCUACCCACCAGAGGCCUCAUUCUGGGAAGAUCCCCGAAACGGGCAGGGAGAGGCUGGUGGCCUCGCUUUUAUCAACCCUAAUGUCCAGGAGCUACUGGAAAUACUAAUCACCAAAAGAGUGGAACUGAAGUCUUGGGAGGAGAAAGAAAAGGACGAGGAGGCAGGCUACCACCUGAAUUCUUUGGGGAAGAGGAUCGAGUCGCUGGGUCACAAACAGGACACCUUGGGUCACCAACACUUCGGGAACAUAACUGGCAAACAUGAUCAGCUGCUUGGUCCCGAGAAGCCCCAAUAUCCUGACACUCUGGGGGGCUGUCUACAGAAGACAUGCAGCCAGCUCUUCUGGGGUCUCCCCUUUCUGCACAGUGAGUCUCUCAUAGCUGCUGUCACAGUACCUGGGUCAGCUCUAGAGUUAUGCCCUGUCUUAUUUAACGAACGCUCUAAAGCCAAAGCAUUCCAUAUUCCAGCUAAAGUAACUUCACAACUGUCAUUGGCCAAGCACUUGACCCAACCUGUGGCCCAGGCUCAACCUCAGUCCUUGACUCCCACCAUGCCCCAGUUGCAGCCAUCACCUCUGGGUCACAUGGAGACCCAGGCCCAACCCCUACCCUUAACUCCAAUCAUGCCCCAAUGUCAACCAUCAUCUGAAGUUUCAUUGGAGACCCAGUCCAGCUCCCAAAUCGUGGCUUCAACCAUGCCUCACUCUCUACCACCAACUCGGGCUCACAUGGAGGCCCAGGCCCGACCCCAACUCUUGGUUCCAACCAUGCCUCACUUUCAGCCACCACCUCAGACUCACAUGGAGACCCAGGCCCACCCCCCACCAUGGACUCCACUCACGCCCCAAUUUCAACCAUCACCUCGAGCUCACAUGGAGACCCAGGUGCGAUCCCAACUCUUGGCUCAAACCAUGUCUCAUUUUCAACUACCACUUCGGGGUCACAUGGAGACCCAGGUUCCGCCCCUAGUCCAGACUCCAUCCAUGUCCCAGUGUCAACCACCACAACCUCAAGCUCACAUGGAGAUUCAGGACCAAUCCCUACCUUGGACUCCAAACAUGCCCCAGUUUCAACCACUUGUUCAGGCUCAUGUGGAGACCCAGGGCCGAUCCCUACCCUGGACUGCAACCAUGCCUUGAUGUCCACCAUCAUCUGAGAUUUCCAUGGAGGUCCAGGACCACCAACAACCCUCAGCUCCAACCAUGCCCCAGUUUCAACCACCUCCUCGGGCUCACGUGGAGAUCCAGGCCCAACCGAUACCCCUGGCUCUAAAUAUACCUCACUGUCAGCCAUCUUCUCGUGCUCAUAUGGAGAUCCAGGCCCAACCUCAAUUUUUAACUCCAACCAUACCCCAAUAUCAUCCACAACCUCAGGCUCAGUUAGAAACCACUGUCCAUCUAUCACCCUCCCCGCUAGUCCAGUCAUCAUCUUCUCAACGCCAGAUUGGCAUUGAGAAGUCCUUUGAAACAUCUUGCACUACAGUCCCAAAUAAGGCAUCAUCUUUCAGUUCAAAUGCAAUUGAAAACCUGGAAUGUCACUUUUGGAAAAAACAACUAGAAAGCAGGAGAACUUUGCCCUCUUUGGUUAAAAAUUCUCAGCAAGUCUUUAGCCAGGUCACUCUAAACCCAUCCCAGGAGACCAGGUCUUCCCAGGCCCACAGCUCUGUCCCCAUCCUUCCUGGGCAUUUGAUCAGCCCUGAGGUUCGGAAGAAACUGGAGCACCACAUUUCCCAAAGGUUCAUGCAGCAACAGAGUCGCCUGCCCUGCAGAAUCCAAGCAUCUCAGAAACUGAUGCAGCCCCAGGAUCAAUACCCACGGCCAUGCCAGGCACAGGGCAGGGAGGGGCCCUCAAGAUCUUCUGCAGGUCGAGGCAAAAUGAGCCAGGAUGUACAAAAGAUGAGGUCCAAGUGCCCAGCACAAAUCCUACCAGGGAGAGACCUGUGCCAUGAGGUGGGGCAGAGUGUGGGGAAGAUCGUAAAAGAUCUGUACAUGUUCCCAGCCAACCCUCCAGUGAAGGAUCCAAGAGCAAAACCUGCAUCCGAAAUAGAGUUGAGCCUAGACAGGAAGCAACCAGAAGUCUCAGGAGUCCUUACAGAGAGGAAGGCAGAGCAGAUCUGUGAGAGUGAGAUCCCUGUGAAUGUCUGUCACUUGAGGCUUGUGGACAACCUUGCUUUAGGCACUCUGGGAGAGACAAAUGCUCCAAUGAAGACAGAAAGUACACAGUCCUCUCAGGAUGGGAAAGCCUCCAUGACCACCUCCCAUGAGUCUCUUGUCCUCAGCCCGUAUACUGAGCAGGAGUUGGAAGCACAUAUAAUAAGGUUUCGGGUGAGGCACAGGUGGAGCCUAUUCUUCAAAGUCCUUAAGUUCAUAUUUCGCUUGAAGUUGAAAAAGGUUCAAGUGCCCACAUUGAAGGUCAGCUGUGAAUCUGGAUACCAGUCAACUGCCCUAUUAACCAAGGGCUUGGGGAAACCUCCUCAGCCCCAUGCAGGUGAGAAACUGAAAAGAACGGAGGCAGUUCCCCUACUGGAGAGGCCCCUCCCUGUCCCCUCACAGGUGACUGAGGAAGCCCGGGGGGCUCUGGGAGGACGCACACCUGGGGACACCCAUAAGCCCCCAGAGGCCCCUCUGACUGGACAGGAAGACAAGCCACCUCCUCAGGCCCCCACAUACAGCUUUGUGGGCAGAAUGUGGCACAGCAUGUCUGUAGUGGAGGCUGACAAAGGCAGCCUGGAGCCAAGUCCAAGUUCAGCCAUGGCCAGGAAUGAGGCACAGAAGGAAACUAGGGGGCAGGCCUCCCCAGCAUCUUGCUCUAAUGUGAUAGUUGUGGACCUUGAUGAAUGCUCCCCAUCUUCCAGGGCGCAAGAGGUCGUGGAGGGAGACUCUGCUGGGAAGGGCACCAGGAACCUAGCGUGCAGGUCAAAUACCUAGACAUCAAUAUCGAUCUCGGGAGAUCACGGUCUCCAAGGUCCAGUGAAAGCCCCUCACUGAACACCACAUCUGCUGCCUCAAAUACAGAAGAUCUACUCUUUGAGACACAGUCUCGUAAGCUUGAGUCUCAAGGGUUCGCUGACCAGCAGGCUGCGGCUCAAGGCCGAGCUACCAGCGUGCUCCUUCAAGACUGUGAAACUGGAGUACUCCUUCAAGACUGUGCCACCGAUGUGCUUCUCAAAGACUGUCACUCGAAUAUGUUUCUUGCCGCAAACAUCUUGGCUUCUCAGGAAUCUCUGUCCUCUUUUCAGAUCUUAUCCAGUGGAGACAAGUGCAAUUCCCAAAAACUCUAUGAUGCUACCUCAAGUGAAGGGAGCAGCCAGGGGCAGCAGGUGGACAGGAGGCGACAGCUGAAAUAUAAGAGCCAUUGCAAGGAGUCUGUUCCCAAGGAUGGGAGAGAGAAAUAUACAAGGCCCAAAUUAAGACAGAUUAAAAAGGGGCUGGCAGAACGGAGGGCUUACCAAGCCCAAGGGAUGAGUCAUCCUGGCCAGAAAAAAGAAUCAACAGAGUCCCUAAGAAGCAAGUUUCGGCAGUUAGUCCUAAAGAAGAGACAGGUUCCAUCAGAAAGCCACUUCAAAGAUAGGAUUAAGCUCCUUCUGCAGUGGAUUUUCCCCAGUAAAGGCAGAGAACCAGAAGAGCCCUUGCAAAAAGGCAGGCCUGAAAUAGCCACUGUCCAGAGCCAAGAAUCAAUCAAGAGCAAAUCGACCAUGGACAGCAGGGCUGUUGAGGCUCAGACUGUCAUGACAGCUGUUGGGCAGAUCCUAAAGGAGAGGAUGGUGUUUCACCAGGGACCUCACGCCACGGAGUUAAACUGGUACCAAGCACAAUUCCAGGGCCCCCUAGGUCUACAUUACUUCCACCACAGAAUCCUGUCUUACCAAGAGGAAAGGAGAAUGAGGAGAGAUACACCCCGUUAUCACCAAGCCACCCCAAUGGGCCAUAGCUUUUCCAAAAAGUGGACCAUUCCCAGGGACAGCAGGUGGGCCUUCUCACCCAGGGAGCCAGGUCCCCUUCCAGAUGUGGCUGGGACAAGAUAG